AUGUCUAACGAAUAUCUAUUCGGUAUACGGAUAGAACCGAGUCACGAUACCCUGUCCCAAAGUGAGGUGGCUCACAUAAAAAGACCGAUGAACGCUUUCAUGGUAUGGUCAAGAAUUCAAAGGCGGAAAAUAGCCCUCGACAAUCCGAAAAUGCACAAUUCGGAAAUAUCUAAAAGACUUGGUGCCGAGUGGAAAUUACUUACGGAAAUAGAAAAGCGACCGUAUAUCGACGAGGCAAAGAGACUGAGAGUCACACACAUGAUAGAACAUCCGGGUUACAAAUACAAACCUCGACGUAAACCCAAAACGUGUCAGCAGCAAAAACAAAGCAAAUCGCCCGACGCGGUUCAGAAUUACGCUUUUCCAUACUUUGCACCUUUCAAAUCUCAACCUUCGGAUCAUUCUUCCCUAUCAACGUAUUUCAAUACGGCUUUGGACGCAUUUCAUCUUUCGAAAAUCGUUUCCGGUCAAAUAACGAGCUUUAAUCAGGAUCAAAAAAUCACCGAGCAAACAGACUCUUCCACGACCAACUCGGCUUCUGCCAAUUCAUUUUCACCUCCAUCUCUGUAUUCGGAAAAUUCUUCUUCAUCAAGGAAAUUUUUUCAGUAUCAUUCGACACCGGUUUCACCUUUUUUGUUGCCCCCUCCAAUGUUUUUUGAAGAUAAACAAAAAAUUUCACUGAAAACUUUAAAUGAAAAAAAAGGUUUUAUAUUCAAUGGUUCAGUUUUGGACGGGGAGGAUGAUGUAACCCUUGAAAAAUUAAGGAGACCUAUUCCUGUUAUAUAA